GAUGGCCGCCGCCAUUAAACAGUUACGUGUAUUAGAAUUGUAUAGCGGCAUUGGAGGCAUGCAUUUUGCAUUGAAAGAAAGUGAGUUGAAUUAUGAGGUUGUUAUGGCCAUGGACGUUAAUGUGAACGCCAAUGCGGUGUAUUCACAUAAUUUUCCUGAAACCAAGGUGGACAGCAGCUCUAUUGAGGCAUUGUCAGUGAAGAGAUUCAGCCAGCUUCAGAUUGAUAUGGUUUUGAUGAGUCCGCCCUGCCAACCCUUCACACGUGUGGGCAAGCAGCAGGACACUGGGGAUGUCCGUACAAAGUCUUUCCUCCAUGUGUUGGAUCUUCUCAGCAAAGUAGAGCAUCCACCCACUUACAUUCUUGUAGAGAACGUGAAGGGCUUUGAUUGCUCAGAGUCUCGAGAUGUGCUUAUAGAGACAUUGAAAUGCAGAGACUAUCACUAUCAGGAGUUCCUGUUGACUCCUUUACAAUUUGGGAUACCAAAUUCUCGGCUACGGUAUUUCCUAAUUGCCAAGCAGAAGAGUUUAAAGUUCCAGUUUAAUAUAACCGAAGGGAUAGAAAAUACUGUGUCGGAUGCUGCUCAACCGUGGCUUGUGUACAAAAACGAAGCAUUGAAAAAAGCUUCAGUUCCAGGGAAUGAAUGUCCGUGUUCAGCCGUGUCUUGCAGUGUUACGUCCGUGAAUGACCACGAUUGUGAUAAACCUAACAAACGUCUAAAAACAGAACUGCACUGUGGAUCGGGUAAACCUGACAGUCGCUGCCCAAUCCGGACAUUACCAGUUUCUCCAAAAAGUGAAAACAUGGAAGAUAAUGUUAUUAACAUUUUAAUAAAUAGUAGCCGAUGUAUUGAAUUCAGUCACGGAAGUGAAUGUUUUCCACAAGAUGAAACAUUUCAUAAAUCGCAGUCAGGCGUUGUUAAGUGUACUGAGGAACACAUAACAUAUGACUGUUUGCAGAAUUACGGGCAUAACAUGAGGCAAAGCAAUUGCAACGAUCCCGUUGAUCAUAAACCUUGUUUAAGGUUGUCCCAUUUUCUUGAAGACGAUUCCAAUCAUUUUAGUUCAUGGACAGAGUACCGCUUACGUGAAAAAGAUUUCAAACGAUUUGUGAUCAUGGACGUUGUUAACCCUUGCUCCGUUAAAACAUGUUGCUUUACGAAAAGAUACGGACAUUACAUUGAAGGAGCCGGCUCGCUUAUUCAGAUGUCUUCCAGUAUUAAAAGUACAAAAGAAGCGUCGCAACUCAAGGCGACUUGUAUAGAGCAGCAGAACAGAACCGAUUGGGGCGAUAAUGAACUUCAGACUAUUCGCAAUCUGGAUCUGAGAUAUUUCACGCCACGAGAAAUAGCCAAUCUCCUAUGCUUCCCAAAGGACUUUUGUUUUCCGUCCAAUCUGACAACACGACAGAAAUAUAUGUUGCUGGGAAACAGCUUAAAUGUUCACAUUGUGUCCGUUCUGCUGAGAUUUCUAGUUCAGUGAUAAUGUACGAUUGUGCAUGCUUCAUGUUCUACAUAUAAGUACCCAGGGUACCACUGGGGGCUGACGAGGUCAAAGCGUAGUCCGUUUCGCUACGACGUCGGGUAUAUGUUUUACUACGAAAACAUUGUUUAAAUACACAUGACAUAGAGAACGGAUUAGUCGAAAAUUGUGUUUUAAACGGGUAAGAUUAUGCUUUUCUAAUAACAAAACUCUGAAUGUAAGCACAUUGACAUUUCAUAGGUCUGUUACAUCAAAUUAUAAUCCAAGAUGUGUCUGGUUUAUGCGGUUAAACCUGAAAUAUAUCGCUGAUUUAUCAAACCGAAGUCAAGUUUAACUUAAAAAAUGCAAUUAAGGUUUACAACCGUGUUUAAUUUUACAAUUUCCAUAUUGAUCUAUGUAUCGUUAAGCCACUAGUGUGUUUAGAAAUGUGUAGGGUGACCCAGUUAUCAGAAAUAAAGGCUAAAUAUUAUUAAUAGGCAUGAUCAUGUCUCUGACAGUAUACGUAUAUGCCUCGCUACGACAACGCUUUAGCGUGUAUGCGUUUCUCACAGAAGACGUAUUGGUUAUCUCUCAAAGGCAAAAUAAAGAAGAAAAAAAAUUAAUACAGAGUCAUAAAGUGGCUGGAUGUUUCCUUUGAGGAAGAGGUAGUAACAACGGCACAACAUGACCCGAGACGCACAUGCGACAUGGAAAUGCACAUUAUUAUUAUAUAAUUAAAUUCACGACUAGGCCAAAGGAAACGAUUAAAAUCGAAAAUCCAUAUAUAAGAUGACAGUUGAGAGUCGAGAACCUAAUGUCGUCGGUCUCAAUAAUAAUGACGCAUCUUCAACUUGUGACAAUCCCUUAUACGGUCAUUUUGAUAGAAACCGACGAUAGGUGUUCAGCAUACGGUACUCUUUAUCAAAUAACAUUCGAUUCUCGUUAUCCCCAACUCGCUUAUCUCGAAACUCUGCUUAUGUCAAAGUAAAUCCCAUGUCCCAACUUCGAUCAUUAUUGAUCUCAUAUGGAUUUUGAUUGUUGCAUUGUAUAUAUCAAAGCGAUUUUCUUGAAAAUCGGUUAUCGUCAACUAAUUUUGAGAUGAAUUUCAUGUUCGUAUACAUAGUUUUACCUGUAAAAUCCACACCUGUAACAGCCGUAAGGUUUGGAACGUAGGACCCCCAAUGGCACAAAUCCGCAAUUGCCUAAUCAAUAUAUUGUUGUAAAGGUGUGACAGUGGGUUUCUGUCACAGGUUAUUGUUUACUGCGUACAUAACGGCCGGUAAAUUUACAUCGUGUUUCAAUGCGGUUAAGGCCCAGUCUCACUAUGAUGCCGGCGGAGCCCCAGUGCGUGAUCAGGCAUCUACCGGGAUGAACCGGGGCCCUACCGGGAUGAACCGGUGCUCCACCGGGAUGAACCGUGGACGACCGGGGACAACCGGGGCUCCACCGGGAAAGUAUUAACAUGUUUAAUACCUCCGGGAUGAACCGGAAGUCAUCGGGUAGGACCGGCAACGACCGGCGUUGCACCGGGAACAACCGGGACUGCACCGAGAACAACCGGGACGGCACUGAGGUUGCCUCAGCUCUGCCGGGGUCUGAACCGGUACAGCCCCGGUGAGUGCUGGCGUAGUGACGGUAUACCGGGGUUCGUCCGGGACUCUGCCGGCUUUCACCGGGUUCAACCUUAUCGUUUGGAUGUUCAUGCGCACAGUGAAGCACGACAUCUUUUGCACUGGGAAAUGGCAGUCUGCAGUAACUGCAAACUGCAUGUGAUAUGUCCUGAAAUGGAUACAGUAACUUCGUUGAGCAACCUAUACAUUAUAUUUGUACUUCGUUGCGCAACCAAUACAUACUCUGUGCGAAACCUAUACAUAAAGCGACUUGUAAUUUCGUUCGAAACAAAGCAUUUGAAUAAUUAAAAUACAUGUUCGUAACCCGUUUUGUACUUCGAAAUGUUUAAUGUACUCUGAAUCAAUGUAACAUGUAGUUUUAUUUAAUUUAAGUUACAGUAAUUGGCUAUUUUAACAGAAUAACCCCCUUAUGCAUUGCUUCAAAUCAAAAUAUUUCGAUUUUAGCUCAAAAUAAACUUAAAGGUUGCAACUAUGCGCAUUUGUUAUUAGUUUGAUAUUGAAAAUAAGUACCUACCAUUACUGGAUGUUCCGUUCUCUAAUCCAAAAGAUAAAACUCGCCUGAUUAAGUAGUGCAUUUACACAAUGUUUUCGUAGUAAAACAUAUAACCGACGUCGUAGCGAAACGGACUACGCUCUGACCUCGUCAGCCCCCAGUGGGUACUCUCGAAUAUACUACAAUGUAACCUGGUUACGGAAAAAACGCUUAAAGGCAACAUGGCAUACUCCGGGUACUUUUAAAGCGAGAUUAUACGAUUUUGUCAAAUAUUGAUAAAUUUAUAUAAAAUUUGUAAAAUAACUUAUUAUAUAUAUAUAUAUAUUUCAAUAUAAAUUAGAAUAAAAGUUAAGAAGAACAUGUGUCAAAAAUGAGAAAUAAGCUAGAUAUUUAAUGCUGAAAUCGAAAAUGUCUGUACAGUCGAAUUCGCCAGCAUGUAUAUCAUGCAUGUACGAUGUGAAUCUAAAUUUAGUUUAAAGGGAUCUUUUCACGGUUUGGUAAAUUGACAAAAUUGAAAAAAGUUGUUUCAGAUUCGCAAAUUUUCGGAUUAAUUAUGAUAUUUGUGAGGAAACAGUGUUCCUGAACAUUUACCAUGGUCUAAUAUAGCCAUUAUAUGCAUCUUUUGACGAUUUAAAAACCUAAAAAUUAUAAAGCGUUUCAACGCGAAACGAUUGAAUAAUUUGGAGAGUUCUGUUGUUGUUGUUUAAAUUAGUGAAACUACGAGGAAUGCUUAUAUAAGUUAUACAAUACGCAUAUCAUGUAUGCUUGGCAUGAUAGCUCAGUUGGCUAAUGCGAUUUUAUUUCAGGAUACCGGGGGUCACUGGUUCGAGCCCUGCGGCGGGCUACUUUUUUUUCCCUUUUUAAAUUUUAUUUUUGAAUUUUUACUGGAGCUUUUAAAAUUUAAUGUUUACAUUUACCAAUAUAAAGCAUUUAACGUCAAACUUCGAAACAUGCCAAAAUCUGUGAAAAGGCCCCUUUAACGGUUCAUUAUGAAUAACUGCAACGAUAUAUAUUCAUACGACACACGAAAACUAACUCUAAUCUUAAUAAAAAGACGGAUGCUUCGGUUAUUGUAGGAAAAUAUGUGCGGAAUAUCUUCGUCACAAUCGGCUCGGGGCGCUAAUUUGUCUUUACUGCAUUUUAUGGAAUUCGUCUUCAAUGUAUAUUUUUUUUAAACCUAUUUUGUGUUAUUGUAACAUAAUUUAUCAAUUUAUUACAAUUUCACACAUGUAAAAAAUCGUAUAAUCUCUCUUUAAGUAUAUUUUCGUUCCCCGGUUACUUUGUAGUAUACUUACGAGUACCCGGUGUAAUUUUAAGAAGUACCUGAGCCUACAAUUACCAAUGGAGCGUAACGAACGUUAAUAUUCGACCUUAGGCAAAAUAACAUACUGUAUUGUUAUUGAACGUGACCUCUUUGAUGUCUGAAAUGUUAUUUCGACCAACAUGUUAGUAACUCGAUACUCAUUGAAAGUGCUGCCCGAUGGCAAGAAAAAUGAUCCUGCGAGUAAAUAAGGCGUAUUGUAUGAAGGGUAUUCCACAAAGAAAUGUGUAAAAUUUCGUGUAUUCCUAUAAAUAUUCUGUUUUGUAUGUUGAGAAUAUAUGAUACUUUUUAAAAAUAUCCAGUGUUUUUAAAAACUGUGUUCGCUGACUGUCACAUAAUGACAUAUAACACUAGUAAUUAUAUAAUAUUGGUAACACAUGAAUAAACGAAUUAUUUAGUCAAUAAAAUUGUGUUGUUGUCCCCUACCGGUUUCACCGGAGGGGACUUAUGGUUUGCGCUCUGUGCGUCUGUCACACUUUUCUGGAUCCUGCGAUAACUUUAAAAGUUCUUCAUAUUUUUUCACGAAACUUGAAACGUGGAUAGAUGGCAGUAUGAACAUUAUGUACGUCAUUUCAUUUACUUCCUACGUCAAAAAUUAUGGUUGCUAUGGCAACAAAUACAACAAUUCUGACAAUGGUAGAGCCGGUAGGGGACAUAUAUUUCUUGGCAAGUCUUGUUUACAAAAUAUUUUUUACAAAUUGCCAUUUAAGCAAUGCACUGGACGGGUUUGUGUAUACAAUGUGUGUAAAAUGAAUAAAUAAAUAAAUGCAUA